AUGAAAUUUUGCUUAGUGACAAAAAAGUACAAAUACAGAUCAAAUUUAUCAAAAGAAGAACAAGAGGCGUUAAAACAACUGAGUCAAGAUGAAACUAUUGUCGUGAAGAAAGCAGACAAAGGUUCCAGUGUCGUUAUAAUGAACAGAAAAGAUUAUAUUUCUGAGGCUUAUAGACAGCUAGAAAACAACAAAUAUUAUAAGAGACUUGAUGAAAAUCCCCAGAAAUUGUUCAAUAAAGACAUACAUGAUAGUCUUAACAAUUUAGAAAAUAUUAGAGAAUCAACUUUAGAAAAUCUAUACCCCUCAAACGCAGACAGAGUGCCGCAAUUUUAUAUAUUACCUAAAAUUCAUAAAACGUUUGACCCAGAUUUACCCCUAGGUUACCCAGGGAGACCUAUUAUUUCAGGUUGUGGAGAUUUAACUGAAAAUAUGUCUGCAUAUGUUGAUACAAUCUUUAAACCUUACAUGGAAUCUUUACCUUCCUAUGUAAAAGACACUACAUACUUUAUCAAAAAGUUACAAAACCUCUCUAGCAUAGAUAAAGAUGCAUAUCUUGUAACACUCGAUGUAACAUCUUUAUACAGUAAUAUUCCUCAUGGUGAGGGCAUAGAUGCUUGCAAAUAUUUUAUGGAAAAUGGUAGUAGACCACAGGAUUCUAUUAACUCCAUUUCUAAAAUCAUUGAAUUAAUACUUACAAAAAACGACUUCCAGUUCAAUGAAAUUAAUUACAUUCAAACAUUUGGAACUGCUAUGGGAACAAAAAUGCCUCAUUGUUUUGCCUCUCUAUUUAUGGGUAAACUUGAAAAAGAAUUUAUUGACUCCUGUGAUAAGAAACCACUUAUCUGGUUACGUUUUUUAGAUAUUUUUUUCAUCUGGAAUCAUUCAGAAGAGGACUUAUUAGACUUUUUUGACAGAUUGAACAGUUUUCAUGAUACUAUAAAAUUUACAUAUUGUUACUCUAAAGAUACUGCUACUUUUUUAGAUGUUAACAUAGAAAAAGAUGAAAAUGGUAUCUUGCACACUAGUGUUCAUGAAAAAGACGCUAACAAUCAUCAGUACAUAGAAUUUUCAUCAUGUCACCCAGUUCCAUGUAAAAAGGGUAUUCCAUUUAGCCAGGCUAAGCGCUUUAGGCGUAUUACUUCGGAUAAUACCAUUUUUGACAAGGAAAUGGACAAGCUCAGAGAAUACUUUCAAGCACGUAACUACCCUGAAUGUGUUAUAAAUGAGGCAUUAAAGAAGGCCUCUUCUCUUUCAAUGCAAGAUGCUCUUAAUUCGUGCAGUAACAGAAAUACGGAUAAAGUCAUUCCUUUUGUAUGUACCUACAAUCCAUCAUUGCCUAAUAUUGGUAAAAUAAUAAACCAAUAUUGGAAUCUUCUAAAGUAUUCUCAACAAGAGAGUGUUAGACAAUUAUAUGACUAUAAACCUAUUGUUGCUUACAAAAGACCCAAGAAUAUUCAAGAUGUUUAG